UGUCCAGGCCACCCCCUCUCCUCCUCCUCUCCAACACGCUCCCUCCUUCUUCAUGCGGUGGCUCCAUCAUCCAGCUGGCGGAUGGGAGCUGAAGCGAGUGGAAGACCUGAAGACGGAGGACUUUAUCCGAGUGCUGAGAUCAGCAGUGAGCUGAAGAUUGUACUCCAGCACUGUGGAACGCAUCGACACAGGCCAGACACCCAGCGCUGUCAUCAUACAGUUCGCUGUCGGGGAACACAAAGACAGGUGUGCGUGGAGGUGCUGUUGGAGUACCCUUCUUUGUGUUCGGCCAGGGCUGGUCGUUCCUGCUGCCCUGACCGGACCACUCAGCUGUUGGAGCUGAGCUGUGCCAAGCUGUGUGUUGGACGUGUGUGUCUCCCAUGACCCUCAGGAGCCUGAGGGGUGGCGACGGCUCUUGUGUCUGGGAGGACCACAGCAGCCAGGGUCACGAGGUCAA